AUGACUCUCUUAACGCUACUCUUUUAUGUCAUAGUCGCAGGAGCGGCUGGAUUUCCUAAUCGUAGAUCGACCGAUCACACCGUAUGUGAGACUGAUGCAUGUCGCUUAGUUGGGGAGUCGAUUCGAAGUGGUAUCGACGAGUCUGUUGACCCUUGUACUAAUUUCGAUGGAUAUGGAUGCGGCUUGUGGCCAGAAAACAAUCCUAUUCCGUCCAACGAUGUACUAUGGUCUACGAAUCAUUUAAUAGAUUUGAGAACUUCUCUUCGUUUAAAAGAGGUUCUUGAAGAGGAAAGUGAAUAUGAUAAUUUGGAGCCCAUAAAGAAGCUGAAACAAUAUUACCGUUCAUGCAUGGACGAAGAUGCUAUCGAAAAGCGAGGACUCGAACCUAUACAGUCAAUGAUAGAUGCGAACGGUGGGUGGCCGAUUCAAUUGAGAAAUCACGAAUCAAAUAUUGAAAAUUACAUUUGGCAAGAAAUCGACAAUGUUUAUAUGAAAAUGUUUUACACUGCUAGUUUCUUUGAAUUUGGCUUUAUACCUGAGGAGGACGACGCGACAAAAACUAUACUUGUGAUAUUACAAGGUGUGGGUUCUUUUCUCGAGGAAGAAAUUGUCAAAAGAAGCGAACGCUUAUUUCCAGCCCAAAAUGUAGACAAAAUGACUAAUGUAGUAAAAGCUUUUAAGAAAUACAAAGGAAUUGAAACUCCAUCUGAGAAUUUGGUUGCAGAUUUAAAUGAACUACUUAGCUUUCAGGAAGAUCUUAAAAAUAUUAGUGAACAUGAAAAUGAAAUCCGAAAAGGAUUGAAGAAAAUCCGGGAUAAAAUGACGAUUGCAGAACUACAGGAAUAUUAUGAUCAGGCUGGUACACAGCAUCCUACCGCGCAAAUAAACUGGCUGCAUCUGGUACAAGAUCUCCUUAAGCCGGCUAACAAAGUCAUUGAUGCUUCGUAUCCUGUGUUAGUGGAAAAUAAACAUCUUCUUCACAAACUGGCGCAUUUGUUGGAUGCUACUCCGCAGCACGUAAUCGUCAGUUAUGUUCAAUGGAAUUUAAUACGUCAAUUUCUGUCGCUAUUGAAUAAAGAAAUGAGAGACAUUGAGUUUACAUCAGACUACAUGGGAUAUAAUAUUACCGAGCAGAAGCCACGGUGGAAAAAAUGCGUCGCAGAUAUACCGUUGCAAGAUGCUUUGUCCUUCUUAUUUAUAAAAAAAUUUCACUCGCCAACCACAAUACAAGCUGUGACGGAUAUGUUAGACGAUCUAAAAGUAGAGAUGAAGGAGCGUAUAUUGCAUUCAGAAUGGACGAAUGACAAUGCGAAGAACUUUAUGAUAGAUAAAAUAGACAAUAUCAUGUCAUUGAUUGGUUAUCCCAGCUGGUACAACAAUGAAACAGCACUCGUCGAAGAAUACGAAGGGUUGGAGAUAGGAGAAAAUUAUUUCGAGAAUAAGCUUGCCGGUGGGAUAUUUGAAAACACCAAAAAACUUUUGAAAUCUAUGAAACCUGUAGAUAGAUCUAUAUGGAUGGUUUCACCUAUAACUCUCAAUGCAUUUUAUCUUGGGCCGAUGAACUUAAUGGUUAUACCUGCUGCUGAGGUCCAAGAUCCGUUUUUCACUCCUGGUAUGCCACUUGCAGUUAACUACGGUGCGGUAGGUACGAUUAUUGGACAUGAACUGGCGCACAGUUUCGAUACUAACGGAAUCGAAUACGAUAAGGUCGGUAAUAAGAUUACAAGUGAUGCAGAGACUAGUGAGGCUUUUAAUGAAAGAGUGAAGUGUUUCAUAGAUCAAUAUAAUAAUUUCACACUGGUUGAAGAAGGCGAGGACGAAGAACCUGUGCAAUUAAACGGAUUAUUCACAAAGGACGAGAAUGUCGCUGACAAUAUCGGUUUAGAAGUUGCGUUCACGGCAUUCCAAAAGCGCAAGCUACUGGCUGUACCGCAACCGAAAUUACCCGGACUGACAAAUAUCACUGACGAGCAACUGUUCUUUUUAUCCUUCGCAAACUCUUGGUGUGCGGCAACAACAAAAGUAUACGAGAUAGCCUCAGCUAAUUCAGAUGACCACAGUCCUAACAAAUUUCGUAUACUCGGUACUGUGGCUAAUACGGCAACCUUCUCUGAUGCUUUCAAUUGUCCAGACCACAGUCCGCUUAAUCGAGAUUCAAAAUGCACCUUGUGGAAGUAACUUGGAAUAUUGGAACGACUUUUAGUAAGAUGAGUUAUAUAAAACCAACAUGUCGCCCCUGCUAUACAGAAUAAUGUUGCGUGACAUAAAAUGUUAUAUAUUAUGAAUUUGAUAGAAUAAUUGACAGGACGUCGAUAAUGUAGGUCAGCAGAAUUUUACAUUCUUGUGCGGUCCGUGGAAAAGAAAACUAGUUUUCCAGUGUUCUUGGUGAGCCGAAUCUAAAUCCGCAAGGGAAAAUGCCUUGUCACGUCAAGUUUAUGGGAAAAAUAUCGUUGAAACGCCUCAAAAAAGCGUUUCUUAUCAUUUUUGAAAAUUCGCUGACGAACCCUAUGUGCAAGAGAUUUAGAAGAAGAAUCAAAUUAAUGCUUGAAUAGAUACUUCAAUACGAAAAUGUCGAAUAUCUUAUCGCCGGUAUCACCGAACCUCUGGCGUGCUUUAUUUUUAGUUGUUGGUUGAUGUCGCACAGUCGCACAGUGUCAAAUAGAACGGUGUGAUGUUACGAUGUGACAUGCAACAUACAAUUUUAUAUUUUGUAAAAGAUUUUGCAAUACACGUAACUUACAUAUUUUUUUUCGUAUAAUAGAAUUACAUGGUUCAUUUUUUGAAAAAUCGUUUUUUAAAAAAUUAUCAAAAAUUCGUUAUAAAAAAUUGUUGCACAGUAAUUGUUUAAACGAAUGAAUUGUUUAAACAAAUAAAGAAAAAAAACAUUUUUACGAAGAGUAUCUUCAAUUCUGUGUAUUGAAUCUACUAUUAAGAUUUUUACUAUGUGCAACAGUUUUGCAGUGGGCCAUAAUGAGGCAAUCGUCAUACUUCAUCCAGGGAGCGUACAUCAACUUUUAUAAAGCGCACUUGAGGUGCGAUGGUGCCGGUAAAUAAUUCGAUAUUUUCAUGUUAAAGUACUACAUUCAAACAUGAAUUUGAGCCGUUUUCGAAGUCUAUAGAACAUUGACUUUAUUGGCUAUGAAGUUUUAAAAAAAAUGCCCUAAAACACGUUCUUGGGAAAUUUCAAUCCCAUUUUCUUCGUAAACUUAACAGAACAUUCUUACUUGCGGAUUCGGACGCAGUGCACAAAACAAAAAACUAUAAGAAACUAUUCUUGUUUUCCAAGCCGCAAAAUCAUACAGAUCUGUGCAAUAUAAUACUGUUACAAUUUCUUGUUAAUGUUACUGAUAUGAAAAUAAAGUUUUUUUUCAAAACAAAA